AUGCGUCGCGGUCGGCCUUGUCGGAGGGCCAAAAAGGCCAAGGGGCCCGUGGAGACGAGCCGGGACGGCUUGCUGGCCGUCAUGUACUCGCAGACGUGGCCGCGUCGGCCGCCCGUGCCGGUCGUGCCUGCCGCGGGGCUGCGCAAGGUGCUGACGUCGACGGGCCCUGCGCGCGCGGCCGCCGUCGCGGAAUCAUGCUGUUCGUCCAUCUACACCGAGUCGGCCGAGUCGAGCAUCCUCGCCCCGUUUCACAGGCUGGAGGAGGAAGAGCGGCAGCAUCACCAUCAGCAGCAGCAGCAGCAGCAGCAACCCGCCGCUGAUGCUUGGGGCAGCGCGUCGGAGUUGGGGGACUACAUGGCCGAGCUGCCGGCCUAUCUGGGCCCGCACAUCAUCCGCAGCGAGGGCGAGGACCGGCCGGCCGUCGGGCUCGCGGCCGCGCCGGUGCCGGUGCAGCACGUCACGGCCGAGCAGGCCUACCAGCUGAGCGGGUCGCGGAUGAGCAGCCAGUGCGCCGUGGAGGAGGCGGCCUCGGCCGGGGCCGGGGCCGACGCCGACGCCGACGCCGAAGAGGCCAAGAGAUGCAGCAAGAGGCGCAGCUUUUGGGCGACGCUGCGCAUCCGGAGAAAGGCGAGCUCGACGUCAGACUGGGACGGCGGCGGCGGCGGCGGCGGCAGCUGGCGCGAGCCGCGGGCGUUUGCUGGCGACGGCGGCUGCGGCGGCUGGGAGCACGUCCGCCCGGGGGGAGGCAUGGCCCCGGUGGCGGAGGCCUUCACGACGGACCGGAGGCCCAUCCUGGGCGUGGACAUUCCCGACGGGUCUCAUUUCCAGGACGAGUUCUGGGCGCGCUUCCCGACCCAUCAGCUGUCCUGCAAGUAG